AUGAGCUGGUUUAUACUUGCUCGCCGUAAAAAGUAUUGGAUAAUGAAUGUUGUGAUACAGUGUGUUCGCAUGACAACCACGCUUCAGCGCGCUGAGCUGUUGCUGUUUUAUUGGUUUACCUUCAGUUCGCCAAUAUACUGUCGUGUCUCAUUUAGUGCAAACGUAGCGGAAAUUGAGGCAGUGAUGUUUGAAGAUAAAGAAACAAUGUUAAAUAACAAGAUAUUUAAGCUGGAGAAACAACUAACAAAAAGGGAUGAACAGAUCGCAGGGCUUGUUGAUUUAAUUCAUGAUUAUGAGAGCUUAUUAAAUAGAAAUGAAGAGCAGGUAACUAAAAGGUUCCACGCAUUAUCUAUAGCAACAUCUGAAGUUUAUGAACUGUGCGCAAAAGUUAUGGAUUUUACGGAAAAUAUCAAUCUAAUGCAGAUAUUCAGUUCGAACUUUGAUGAAGCUGAAGAAAAUAAGCGACCUAUUCUAUCACAUGAGGGAAUAGGAAUGCAUUCUCAGAGAACACCAACACUUUGGAGCAAUGUACCAUCAGAUGUUCGAGAACGAUUCCCAAUGACAUUCGUCAGUGGAUAUGCUUUUCCAACGAGAUCCUGUCCAACACCUGUAUUUUUCUCGGGAAAGUAUGAAAAGAAAAGAAGUACCGUCAACGGCGAAAUGAAGCAUGAGAAGAAGGAAAGUAUUGACCUGUCUUUAUUUCCAUCAGUUACUAUAAAAAGCCAGUUGAAUGGGACUAACUUUCGUAAGGUUAAUCAAGAAAAUGAAAGUUUGGAAAAUAAUAAGCUUUUCUACAUGCCAAGUUUUGAAAAUGCAAAGUGCAUCCAGUCGUCACAAUACCUGGAGAAUGAACAUGAUGAAACAGAAAAAGAUCAAAUGAAUGUAGAAUGUAGUGAAACAAAAGGACCAUUGAUAAUUAUUUAG